GAUUUUUUUCUGACUUAUUAUACGCGACUUGGUAUUUGGACUUGAUUUGACUAAUUUGUAAUUUCAUUUGUGUCAAUUUUAUUUAGAAUAUACCAAAUCUACUUAAAGGCCUUAUUUGCUAAGCACACGAUCGUAAUCGUGGACGAUUUCAAGCCUUAAUAAAUUAUAAAUUUAAUAUAAUACUUUUUGCGUAUUAUUUAAAAAGGGUGCCAAAAAAUCGGGUACGAAUAAAGUAAAAAAAUACAUAGUUGAAAACAAUAUUGAGAUGAAAUUAAUGGACACUAUCAAUAAAAUGAUGAUCGAGAGUAGUUCUCUUUACUUGAAAUAUUAGUCGCAUAAAUGAUCUAUUACAUACAAAUCUCUGCAUUUUAAAUAAAAUAAACUUGUUUUAAUCGAUAAAUCUUGAGUGAGAUAAUUGCUUGUGUAUGACAUUUGUGCAAAGUGGAUAAAUUCCAAAACUUUUCAAAUUUCAAUAUAAAAUGUUCCUAUCAAACCGAUUGAAACGGCGAUUGGAGUCAAAGAAGCGAUCACAAAGUGUUACCAUUUUUUUAUGUAUUCUGUUUCUCUAUGCCUUUAUACGAAAAUCGAGGUUUUUCUAUUCAAUACCAGAUAUUCUCAAUGAACAACGGCAGAGAAUUGCAGCAGAAAUGAAGGACUUCAAUCAUAGUUUACCAAGGGAUAAUACCGAGCAAUACUCACAGCAGCAAUCCGAAUCAGAAGCUAACGUUACAAAUAACACAACCGCCCAAUCUAUUCCAUUGACUAAAAGCAUUGAAGACAUUCUAAAUACACAACGGCAACAAAUAGCUGCGUCAAAAAGGCAAGAUCUAAAGUAUGCUGAUCAAAUAACCGGGAUAUCUGACCCCACACCAGCAACAAAUGGAAAACCAAUUCAAAGUG